ACAUGUAGUAAUCACUUUCAUUGGACCGAUAAUCUUAAUAAGGAAUGAAAAAUAUGCCAGGGUGAAGCGUUGCAGCUUAUACUGAUAUAUUUUCAAAACUGAAAAUUUAUUAUCUACAUUAGCAUACUGCUUUCAUUUCUGUCGGUGAUUAGCCAUUAGAAUAAAUUACACUUAUCAAGUAGUUCUGUAUUCAUACGCGCAUUGUUUAAACUUUGUUACUAAUAUGUUUCUCACGAUGUUUAUAAUUUUGAAAAUCUAUUUAUCUUCGUCACAGGGAAUAUUUGGAAAUUCAAAACGACAUACCCGACUGUGACACCCUUCUGUCAGUUAAGAUACUACAAUGUUAAAAAGGAUUACAGCUGAUUCAGGAGAAGUACUACAGGUCUAACAAAGACCAGACUUUAUCUACUGCAUGUCUGUAAGAAUGAACUGUUCUUGUCUUAUCAUAUUUUCAUUGGUUUUGGAAGUUUUUUCGCAUCUGGAAGGAUGUCAUGUGGGCUGGACGCAUUUUCAGGACAAAUGUUAUUUUUUCAGUCACACCACAGCCAGCUGGUUCGAUGCUGGUGAGGCAUGUACACAGUUCCAUUCUAAACUAGCAGAACCCAGAAUAGUUACGGAGUCUAACUUUCUUAAGAGUCAAAGCCAAUUCCUUAAUGUAAACAUGUGGAUUGGAAUAUCAGACAUUAUCAAAGAAGAUCGAUGGGAGUUUUCUUCUACACAAGAGGUCGUUAAAAACACCGAAUUCGGUCCUGGGGAACCUAAUGCUUGCACUGCAGAGAACUGCGUGGCUCUCUGGAAAGAUUUCCAUGGAAUGUGGGUGGACCUUGCAUGUACAGAACGUCUGAAUUUCAUCUGUGAAGCGGAUGCUGUGUCUGAUUUUGGAGCUCUCAUUGGUUGAACACUGCCAUGUAACGAAUUAUAUCAACUCCGGAAAUAAAUUAAUGAACAGGAA